AGAUUUGACCUCGUCUACCAUUGAGAGCGGUUUGGUAUCUCAUACAGUAUGAGAUACAAGUACUGUUGAAGACUUAAUAUGGCGGCAGUGUCUGGGUUUUGGAUGGUGGACUCUCUACUGUUAGUAGUAUUUUGUCUUUAUCUACUCUACCGCAUCUUCACCAGCACUUACGACAGCUUUAAGGUCCGUGGCAUCCCAUACCUGAGACCCGUUCCUCUUCUGGGUACUUGGGACAUCUUCACCAAGAAUGUCAUAGAACAGUCCCACAUCCUCUACGACAGCUUUCCUGGUGAAAGAUUUUUUGGAUAUUUUAGGGUCCGCGUUCCUACGUUAGUUGUGAAGGACGUAGAGCUUAUACAAAAGAUCCUAGUGAAAGACUUUGUCCACUUCCAAAAUCAGGGAUUUCCCUCCAUCGAUAAUGAUCUGUUGUCCAUGAAUCUUUUCAAUCUGAAAGGUGAGAAAUGGCGGGCUAUGAGGAUGAAACUAAGUCCGACUUUUAGUUCUGGGAAGAUGAAAUAUAUGUUCAGCCAGUUUGUAACAGCCGGAGACCACAUGCUGGAUAACAUAGAUGAGUCAUUUUCUGGAAAGCCAAUAGAUGUUAAGGCUAAAUGUGUUGACUUUGGUACGGAAGUUAUAGCCAGCACAGCCUUUGGACUCGACUUCAGCAAAGACAAUCCUCAGACAGCCAAUUUUAUUAAAUAUGGUACCAAUCCCUUGGUUAAGGGGUGGAGAGCCCUUUUAAUAAUGCUACUAAAGCUUUCCUUUCCAAAACUUCCAGAAGCCUUCGGAAUGAGUAUGCACCCUCCAGAAGUCACAGAUUAUUUUGUAAAUCUUGUGAAAGCCAAUAAAGAAUAUCGUAAGAGGAAUAAAAUAAAAAGAAAUGAUUACUUCCAACUGCUGAUGGCACUGCAAGACGCUGAGGAGAAGGGUCAUAGCUUGGAUUCAUCCCUUUAUGGUGUCGAUGAUGAAGAUAAUGAUAUCAACCAAGUUGACUAUAUUUCUGAAAAUUGUGGAAACAAUAAUAAAAAUAAGUUGAUGACGGAUGAAUGCAUGGUGGCACAAGCGAUGCUAUUUUUUAUGGGCGGGUCCGAAUCUGUAACUUCUACCCUUACUUUCGCACUGUACCAUAUCGCUAAGGACACUGGGAUACAAGCCAGAGCUGUGCAGGAGGUAGAUAAAGUCAUUACUCGGCAUGGGGGAUGGACCUACCAGGCGGUCAAGGAAAUGUAUUAUUUGGACAUGAUACUGCAAGAAACUUUGCGUUUCUACCCUCUUGUGCCUGUGACUCUGAGGGAAUGCACCCUCCAAUACCGUAUUCCAGAGACGGACGUUGUGUUGGAGAAAGGAAACAUCGUUGCAAUUCCUGUACGAGGGAUACACAUGGAUCCUAAAUACCAUCCUAAUCCCGACGUUUUUAUUCCUGAAAGAUUUAAUGGCAACUUUCACAAGCCCAACCCUACCUACUUUCCUUUUGGGGACGGCCCACGUAUGUGUAUUGCAAUGAGGUUUGCCUUGGUGGAAAUGAAAGUGUGUUUGGCCAAGAUACUCACGCGGUUCUCUCUGGCCGUGGACAAGAAAACCCAAGAACCGCUUACUUUUGAUAAAGUUUCUUCCACACCUAUACCAGUUGGUAUCUGGCUCAAUUUCAAGAAACGAGAUCAGAAAUUUUAUCACGUUUCAUCUCCUAACACCAAAGAAAGUCAGGAAUGAAUCUUUGGUUUUAAAAUAUACAAAUAUUUUAAGGUAAAAAGUUCCUAUUGCUAAUAGAUAGAUAUUUGUAUUUCUUAUUUUGCAAAUGAUUUCAAAGAAUACUCGUAAUGGAAUCAAUAGUAUACCAUUUCCCUUGUUAUGGUAAUAAAAUUAUGUUAAUUUGAGAAACAAAUGUGGAAUAAAAUAUUGAAAUUCAA